AGGAAGCUGUGGUCGUGUCGCUCAGCGAUCAGAGCCGCAUUGACUCAGAGCUCGGCAGAGGCGACAGACGAGCUGCACGUUUAACAGAGCUCUGCUCCAUCACCCUCCAUCAGCUCAUCCAUCAUGGCUCUCCCAGCCCUCCUCCUCCUCCUCCACCUCCUGUUGAGCUCCGAGGGUUCCCUCUCUCCUCCGCGGAUCUCCUUCACUCUCAACUCCACAGAGAGACCUCUGCUCCACUUUGGCCACGGUGACCUCCACAACGCCACCGCUCUGCUGCUGAGCAGGGACAGCUCCACUCUUUAUGUUGGGGCACAAAACGCCAUCCUGUCACUGGACGUUAACCAGAGUGACGUCAUCAGACUGAACAAGAAGGUGCAGUGGAGUCCGUCUGAUAAAGAGACAGCGGAUUGCACGGGGAAAGGAAAGGAUUUAAGGAACGAAUGUCCAAACUUUAUCCACGUGUUGCAACCUCUAAACUCCACCCAUCUCUACACCUGUGGCAGCUACGCUUACAGCCCCCAAGAAGCGUACAUCGACACCCAAAGCUUCUCCGUGGUCAAAAAAGUCAGCGCGAAAGGUCGCUGUCCGUUCAGCCCCUUCGAGAGGAGCGCCGUCGUCAUCGCAGACGGCGAGCUGUUCACAGCCACAAAAACCGACUUCAGAGGAAUCAAACCACAGAUUUUGCGAUACUUCAGCAAAGACGGCCGUCCAGACGUCAGCCUGGAGACGUCGAUCCGCCUACUGGAAGAGCCCACAUUCGUCAGCUCAUCACUGGACCCAGCAGAGGGGAAACUCUACUUCUUCUUUAGUGAAGUUGGGAAAGAGUUCAGUUACGUAGACGAUCUGAAAACCGCUCGGGUGGCUCAAGUCUGCAAGGACGACGUUGGUGGAGUGAGGACUCUGCAGAAGAAAUGGACGUCCUUCACCAAAGCCACUCUGCUCUGUCAGUUUGAGAAACAGCUUCCCUUCAACAUUCUCCAGGAUGUGUUCACCCUCCCGCCACCAGAGGGCGGCGACACCGCUGACACUCUGUUCUACGGUGUCUUCACGACUCAGUGGUAG